UUGCAACAACGUUUCUGCUCUAUGGCUGUUCCGCUCUGGUGUGGUUCCAGCGCUGAGGCCAUUCCCCAGCAGCGAGGAACUAUGGAGCCAGGACCACGGACUGAAAUGGUCAGGCUCCUAGGGUUUACAGGAACGACCCUUCAUUAUUCUUGCUUCAGUCAUCCUUUCAUAGAUAAGAGCUUGAUUUCUGUACGGUGCAUCAAAACCCGUACCAGAUCUUCCUUGCUAGGUCUAUCAGCUUUCUUCGCUUGCUUCGUGACGCUGAACGGUGACCAGAACCCGCAACCAUGGCCGCCACUGCUACCUUACCCAAGUCCUCGUUCUUAGUAGGAGCUGGGUGCUCAACCUCGAGAUCACAGAAACUCUCCCAGUCGUCUGUUCAACUCAAGAAAGGCUCCGUUCCUCAUGGUUUGAAAGCUCAGUCAAGUGGUAGGAAGCAGCCAGGAGUACGAAUGGAGAGUGCGUCCGUAUUGGCUUACGAGAGUUCCAACGGCUCGCAACAAGUAGGGAGUUGGACUGAACCCUCUGCCGUGUCCCCAGCUGUGACUCAACAGAAGAUCGAGUCAUGGCUUCAGCGAUCCGCUGCUGAUAUUAUCCGCCAUCUCGACGAAGCUCCGUUUUUCCACCUGGUGUUCGACGGCGUUCGUGGCUACCGCUCUCCCGUGCGACAACGGCUACCGCAAGGCGUUGUGGAUCACGCUGACAGCUGGUCGACCGUGAAGCAAGCAGUUCAGAUGGACGAUCCUGAUGGCCUCAUCUUGGUUCACCGGUUAGAUGAGAGCGAUCUUGCCAAGAGAUACGGUCAGGAGAUGUCAGGAGAGCUAGAGGAGUCGGCAUCCCCGUCCAGUCCUUGCCAGACGAAUGUGUGGGGAUUGGUAGUAUUGGGAAGAGCCAGCCACCGGCAUGCUUGUUACAUACUGAAGACCACUCGUUGCUCCGCGGCGUCAUCGCUAUCUGCUACACGGUUCUCCAUUACAAGAGCCAAGUGCUUUGGCGCUUCCGUUCACAAGCAGCUGGAGCAGGCAUGGUUGAACAACUAGCCAGGUGGGAUAUUCAGGUUUUGUAGAUAGACAGCCCUAUGUAUAUUUUUAGACAUUGUUGAUAGUUUCUCUUAGUUUGACUAGCAUGUCACAUCCCAACCACUAGUAGAUCCUUCCUAGUGAAGCAGCCUUCCGGAUGUCUGAUACGUGUCCAAAAGUUCAUGAAGAUUUGAAGCGUGUCGUAUCAC